GACAGUAAUUCGAUCUUGCGACGGAAGAAAGUUUCAAUUAAAUCCAGAUUUUCCAAUCAUUCCGCACGCGCCGUCCUGUUAGGAUCGGCUGCCCGACGACGAGCUGCUACCCCGGGGAAUAAGCGUCACGAUAACAAACAUCACGGUCGCUUUCUUUUCUCCUAUCGCUACGUGGAAUUUAAAGAUGGACGAACAUCGGACCAAUGCAUUAUGAAUGAUGCUCGUUCGCAGUGGUGCAGCAUACGCGGACAAGACCGAGCAGCACUGGUAGCUUUCCUUACGAUCAUGUCUACAUCCCAAGCCAGGCGAACGCUAAGCAUUCAUUAUUUAUAUUCGCGUCGGACGGCCAAUCGACAUUCAGAGCAGCUCAGACGACAGGGUCGCACGUUGCCAAGCACACGACGAUUUCUCGGCACGCGAAGUUUUGUUAGAUUGUCCCGUUGUCAGUCAAGGGUAUAGUGUUGUUAGUGUAGCUGAGUGACUUUGCUCCAUUAGUUUCAUCUUAAAAGCGGCUUAAGACGCGUUGACAGAAAUAAAGGGCGCCGCUCCCGAGAAUUUUCUCAACAGCGCUAAAAUUUCGCUCACUCUUAGAUUACGUUACUCGAACCUGUAUUAGUAAAUGCUGAUCCGAUUUGUACUUUUCUGUUUAUGCCUUGCUUAAUUCUGCAUCGAAGAGAGAAUAGAGUUAGAAGCAUGGGACAAAAACUGAUUUGUUCACUCCGUCGAAAGGAUAAUGGUGAGGGGAACGUUGGCACGGUGGUCGAAAUCGGUCGAAGUGGCAGCAAAACGCCUGAUAAAACAUUGGUCGUCCAGUGGGACUGUGGAACCAGAACUAAUUAUCGUAUAGGCUACCAAGGAGCCUUUGACCUUUUAGUUUUUGACAGCGCACCAGCUGGUAUUAAACACCCGAGUAAGCAAUGCGAUGGAUGCGCAGAACGUACAAUGAUACGAGGUACACGGUGGCAGUGCGCUCAAUGCAAGGACUACGACUUGUGCACGUAUUGCUACAUGGGCGGAAGACACGAGAAAAGUCAUCGGUUCAGAAGAUACGAAACGGAAACGUCAAGAGGACAAGAAGUGUCGCCUCGCGAUGCUGCGCGCGCUGUCAUUCAAAGCAAAGGCUUGUUCAAAGGUGCGCGGGUUAUGCGAGGUUACCAUUGGGAGUGGGGCGAGCAAGACGGUGGGCCCACAAAACUCGGAAAGAUUGUCGAAAUCCGAGGCUACCAGAGCGAGAGUUACCGUAGCGUCGCGCAGGUCACGUGGGACAGCGGCGGCACCAAGAAUAUAUAUAGAGUGGGCCACAAAGGCAAAGUCGACCUUAAGUAUGUUGGACCAGGAUACGGGCCAAGUUAUUACCGUGAGCAUCUCCCAGUAUGCGGCAGAGCCACCGUAAUGGACCAUGCCUCGUCAUCCGGGGAACAUUCUCAUUUCAAAGUUGGUGAGAAAGUAAUUGUGACGUUGGAAGUCGAGGUGCUUAAACCAAUGUUGGAAGGUCAUGGGGGUUGGAACAGCAAAAUGGCGAACAUACGUGGUAAGGUGGGCGUGGUUCAUCGAUUAACUACGGCUGGAGAUGUCAGGGUACAGUACGACCCAAAAGACUUUGAUCUCGCCAAAGCCAAGCCCUCACCUGAAGAUUUUAGAUGGACCUUUCACCCCGCUGCUCUUGAAAGAGUGAUUGAUACGGCAGAACAAGCGAGCAAGUUUCAAAGUUCACAAUCAAAGGCCGGUACAUCUUCAAGUCAAUCUCAACACGAGUCACUGCCACUUGACUUAGGUGACUACUCACUAUCGUCAGUGGAGCAGAACGAAUCGAUGCCUUCCGUGGACUCGGUCAGAAACUCAAUGGAAAUCGGAACAGAAGGCAAAACUCCUUUAUUGGAAGCACUGGAUGGCCCUACCGGUCUUGAUCAUAAACUGAUUAACCGUCCGUCCAACGGCGUCUACCCUGUUCACGUGGUGGCGCAAUAUUUCGAGAAAGAUCGAUUGAUCGCAUUGCAGAAUAAGGGAGCAAACAUGGAGGUCGUGGACUUAAAGGGACGAACUCCACUACACUGUGCUGUGGUCGGGAACAAGCCGCAGAACGUAAGAUGGCUGAUGUCAGCUAUGAAGGAAAGGAACUUACCCGACAAAAAUGGCUACACACCUUUGCACAGAGCAGUUAUACUAGACCAUACAGAAUGUUGUAAAGAAAUCUUAAGCGUCAAAGCGGAACGAACAUUAUACGCUAAUACUAAGGACGAGAUAAAAGAAAACACGGCACUACACUUAUGCGUGUCUGGUCAUUGCAACCUGGAUAUCGUGCAUUUAGUUGUUGAAGCUGGUGCAGAUGUGGACGAGCUGAACGGUGCGGGUGUCACCUGUGUUGCUUUGCUCGUUGAAAAAUCAACGGAAAACUUGCUCUCGAGAAUUCGACUUCCCCACUCCGGGAAAUUAUGGAACUCGCUCCAAUCAACAAUGCAAAAACACAAUUUAGUUGAUAAAGAUGGAUUUGUGCCACGCAUUCUUGCCACUCUGUGUUAUCUUGUUUUAAACGGUGCUCGCGUCGAAAAUGCUGCAUCUAAACUUCCUUUUUCUAACUGGCAACAGUGCGUUUCAACAUGUGCCUCCAACAGAAGCCAUCACACCACCUUACGCUGCUCACAAGAAAGUUUCCCCGGUGAUAAUGAACCAUCAACGUCACGUUACCCGUGUAGAUCGUGUAACCAAACUGCUUGUGUGAAGUUCGAUCCUUGUGGUCAUGUAGUCGUCUGUAAAAGUAAGGACGUAACUUGUAUUUCGAAUGCAGUUAUAUUGUUAAAAAGUGCCUCCAAUGUGGCGUUCCUAUCACUAACAAAACAUGCGAUGGAAAACCGUUGGCGAAUGUCGAAUCUACGGAGGAUUCGAAUUCGUGCACGAUAUGCAUGGACCGAAAAAUCAACACCGUCCUUUCCCCUUGUAAUCACAUGUUGUCUUGUCAAGAGUGUUCGAAAAUGUUAAAACAGUGCCCGGUUUGUAGGGAGCCCAUCGAUAAAAGGGUGAAGGUUUUUCCCACGUUUUAGUUGCCGUAAUCGCCGUCCGGUUUUCAAUGUUAUUGGUGUAGUUUUUAUAUAUGUGCAAUAUCGUCACUGUAUCGUUUUAUUAUGAACGUUCCAUUGACUAAACAUUAGUCGUUGUGGAAAUACCGAACAGCCCAAAAUCAUGAAGAGUGUUUACUACUGUCGAAAUAAAACAAUAAACAAAAUUAUUAUUAACACAA